AUGAAAUUUGAGAUUUUAAUUUUUAUCGCAAUUCUUAUAUCGUGCCACUACAAAUCGGCCCACGGAGCGGAUCCUAGUGGGUCACCGCAAUCAACUGGUGGUACCGCUGCUACCCUUGACAUAAAGAAGAGCAGCAGUACCAACGAGUUAGACUACUCCAAGGAUGGAGACUACAGGACAUACUCAGCUAAAGAUACUCAUACAUUCUGUAAGAUAGUGAAGGGUAAUAAUGAUAUCUGGACCGUUAGUGGUAAUGAUGACGCAGUAAAAGUGGUACUAAAGGGUUCUGGAAAGAACAUGAAACAACUUCUCAUUCUUCUCAAGAGUGGCAAAUUUGUAUUUCUAUACAAGUGUGGCAAAUCUGGCACUUUUAAUUGUGGUUCUAAAAAGCCCUGCUGGAAUGAUAUUACCUCUACCAAACCUGACAUUACUAAGCUUAAGUUCUAUGGAGAGAAUAACACUGAGAUAACUUCAUCUGGCUAUAAAGUUUCUAUUGUAAAUUUGUCUUACAUUUACGAGUUCAACAAUGGAGUCAAAUGUCUCACUGUGAGGCUCGCUGAUAAAGACAUUUGGAAAUCAGUUGACGAUGCAAAUUAUAAGGAAAUUAAAGCAUUUUCAAUAGAUCUUAGUAAUACUAAAUUUACUAUAACAAAUAGUAAAGAUGAGACGAGGGAAGUUACGGGUCCUGAGGGUACUGGUCUUACUCUUGACAUAACAAAGAAUAUGAGUACCCAAGAGUUCAAGUACUCUGAGUAUGGUAAGUCUAGAUCAUUCGCUGCUAAAGAUAAUCGUGUGUUUUCUAAGAUAGUGGGCAAAAAUGGGACUGAAGUCUGGAAGUCUAAGGAUAAUGAUGACGCCGUAAAAGUGGUACUAAAAGGUAAAGGAGAUAGUAAAAAACAUCUUGCCUUGUUACUUAAGAGUUGUAAGCUAAUAGUUCUCUACAGGGAAAACAAGAAUAGUCCCUGGACUGAUGUCACCAGUCAGAAACAUGAUGUUAGUAAUCUCAAGUUCCUGGAUGAUAAUGACAAGGAACUCAGUGCGUCAGAUUACAAAAUUGACAUUGGAUUUACGUUUUCAUACUUGGUAAUAUUAAAUGGUGUAAAGUGUAAGAAGAUAAAAUUAGGCGAAGCAGAUGUAUGGAAAAGUACUGAUGAUAAGAAGUUUGAAAAACUCAAGUCAUUUACACUGGAUCUUGAAUCAAACAAUUUCCACGUCAGAAGCGAUUAUGAAACUAAGAAAUUAGAUUUUAACAAGUCAAACGCUACAGGAACUGGAGCUAGUUCGGGUCAGAAUGGUACUACUAAUGACGGAGGUCAGACCGGAACUGGGACUCCUGCAACAGGUCAGACUCGAUCUAGUCCAUAA